UGUAAUCGGCCUUUUGAGGCCCUCAUGAGAAAGUAUGGUGUCGUCCAUACAUUGGCCACACCCUAUCAUCCCCAGACCAAUGGCCAGGUUGAGGUUUUAAAUAGGCAGAUCAAGCAAAUUCUUGAGAAAACCAUCAACCCGAACCAUAAGGAUUGGUCUAACCGGUUGGUAGAUGCGUUGUGGGCCCAUAGGACAGCUUUUAAGACCGAUCUUGGUCAAUCUCCGUACCGUCUGGUGUAUGGAAAGGCAUGUCACUUACCUGUAGAGAUUGAGCACAAGGCCUUUUGGGGUAUCAAGAAGCUUAACUUUGACCUACCCACUGCAGGUGCCCAUAGGAAACUCCAACUAUCUGAGUUGGAAGAGCUUAGGAAUGAGGCAUAUGAGAAUGCUCGAAUUUACAAGAAAAAAACCAAGGCUUUCCAUGAUAGGCACAUUUUGAGAAAAUCUUUUGAGGUAGGCCAGAAAGUUUUGUUAUACAAUUCUCGUUUGCAUAUCUUUUCAGGUAAGCUGCGUUCUAGAUGGGAUGACCCCUAUAUUGAUCAAAAAGUUUAUCCUUAUGGGGCUGUUGAAGUCCUCAAUCCAAGUACAGGAGCUACUUUCAAGGUCAAUGGCCAAAGA